AUGGUUAGGUAAGGCGCUAUUAUUUUUCUGAUAUGAUUUGGAUUGAGCUGAGACUCAACAAUUUUAUUUAUGAAAUACGAAACUUUUCUAAAAAAGUUGUCAUCACCCGGCGCUAUCGCUACAAAGCUUCGUGCACGCAAUUUUCGCGUACCCUGUAAACAAAGUCCAUUGAAAAGUUGUCCGAAAAUGUGUAUACUUGUGAAGUAACUUGUCAACCGUGACUGCCAGGCUGUGCCCCCUCCUCCAGACAAAUUGUCGAUUCAGCUCAAAACAGCUCAGGAAAAAAAGCGCCAAUUCGGCUCCAAAAUCCGCGCUGGAGCCGUUCUGUCACGGCGCCGGCGCUGACUUGCUUUUUUGGAGCCGUUUUGUCGCUUCUUUUGGCGCUGAUCUGCGCCAUUUUGACGCCGGCAGAGCCGAUUUGACGCCUUCUUGCAGGGAAACCGGGGUAGAAAAUCGAUUUUUUUGUUUGUAAAAAUAGCAAAAAUAGUUAUCUAAAGAACAUUGCUUUUCAGUCACUAAGACACACGGUCUCCCACGGCGCGAAUGAUUUCAAUGGGGCGCACUUGCAACAGGCGGGCUGUGUCGAUUUACGCGGCGGCCGAUUAAUUAAUUUUCAACGGGAGUUCGCGUUCUUUCCAUGUCUCUCAAUCCUGCAAGUAAAUGAGAGCACGGCAAAAAAGACUUGCGAAAAAAUGAAAAAAAUGUGAUAGUGAAAAAGAAAAGCGCCAGAGAAUUGCGAGUCAGCACUGUCUCCCGUUCGGCGAAAAAACUUUUCGCGCGCUUUUUUGCGUGCGGCUCUCAGUGUCGAUUUACGGGAUACGGUUUUUCAACUGAAAAUGAUGUUUUCUCGAGUUUUUGGGAUUAUGCAGUUUUCCUUUAAAACUUUUGCCUCACGUUUGUUCGUAUGACCGAUAUCUACAAAACGGUCACAGAGUGCUCGUGUAAAAGUGAAAAUUCGAAGAGUAAUAUCGUUUUUUAAAUUUGGCUUGAAAAAACUAACUUUCGGAAGUUUUGAAAAAACAGUUGACAGAAUCAAAAAACAGUUGCCUCACGAUUGUUCAGCAGACAAAGGCGGUCAUUUUGAGCACAGAGACGGCCCAUAAAAUGCAAAAAUCACUGAGAAAUUUCAGUUUUUGAGGAUCCGGACUGAAAUUCACGGAAACGUGUAAUAAUGCGCGCUUUCUUGUGGGCAAAACGCUAAUUUAAGGUCACAGCUGUCAUUAACAAUUCUGAAAUUCUCUGUUUUACUUCAUUUUUCUCAUUUUCGGAUGAAAUUUCGGGUUUUCGGAAAAAAAUCCAGAAAUUUCAGACCUGCUUUUGUUUUCAACGACACUCCGUGUUAACGCGGCGCUCAAUUUAGCCUAAAUUAGCAUUAACUAUUGGGAAGACAGUGCUAGUCAGUAAUGAUUUUCUUGGCGUACUAAGCGCCGGCGAUGGCGCCGAAGUAGUGCCGAGUUCUCGCCGCCGGCGCCUCUCUGGGAACUCGAUCGCAAUCUAAUUAGAAAACUUUGAAAUCUAAUACGAACUCGUUUGAAAUAGAAUUUGCUUCAAUUAGAUUGCAAAAUCUUCUAAUUAGAUUGCAGUCACUGCAAUUUUUCUAAUUAGAUUGCAAUGUUUUCUAAUUAGAUUGCAAUUUUUUCUUAUUAGAUUGCAAUUCAGGAAAAAUAUAUUGUAAUCUAAUACGAUUUUACUGGAACUUCAAUUAAAUCUGAUUAGAUUGCGAAAUAGAGUUUUUUCUUAUUAGAUUGCAAACUCUUCUAAUUAGAUUGCAAACGAGUUUCCAGAGCUUUUCGAUUUUGUGUGUCUCUCUCGAAUUCGGAAAAUGCGCCUGUGGCGAAGUGGAGCCGAAUUGACGCCGAGCGACCCCGCGGGCGCCGUUUCGGUUUUUGGACCCGAAUUUGCGCCUUUUUUUCCUGAGUAGCUCACAUUUUCCUGUUUUCCCACUUCUUGUUCAUAAAAAAGAUUUACUGGAGCUCGAAUUCAUUACAUUUUGUCGGAAUUGGACGAAAAAUCAGCAAUAUCAGCGCUAAGUUUGAUUGGUCAGCCAAAUCGGCUAUUUGACGAUGCGAAGGGAGCGUAGCUUUGCUGUUACGGUUGACAACGGUGGUCCGCAAACACCACGACGCAAGAAAAAUACCGCAAUAAUAAUGUUAACGUUAAAGCAGACUGAGCAAAUACUAAGCACAGCUUAAGCAAUUCCAAGUGAAACACAAUUCAGAGUCUUGGUCAAAACUUCAAUAAACGAAUGGGCAACCGCUCUAGAAGGGAUUGUUGAAAUAGAAGAAUUGCGAAUGGUAGAUGGAAGCAGUUAUGAUUUUUCGGGAGACGCAGACAUCAAAGUGUAUUUUGCAAAGCGAAAUCACUCUUGUUACGAGGUACGUGUAAGUUUCCAGAUCCAAAAAAAAUUUAAUAUUGAGGCAUUUCGAGUAAGUGUCUCAGGAGGCAAGAAGAUUAAUUUGAUAAUAACACACGACUUUUGAAGCCGGGGCCCGCUGGGUGGGCUGAGCUAAUGCGAAAACUUUCUAUUAUAGGGGCACCGAACAGAAAUGGCGCUCUGUUGAGAAACUCUUUUUGCAGUGCAAAUUGAGCGACCUCGGGGCCGAGUUUGAAAAAUUAGGCCACAUUUUCAGUGGAAAAUUACUUCGCGGCCUAGAAAUUCGGCCAGAUUGCGAACAGCGCGCCCUUUCUGUCCGGUGCCAAUAUAAUAAGUAGAUUCGCAAAUUGUCUUAUUAAACUCGAAAUUUUUAUAAUUCGAAUUGGUUUUCUUGCGAAACAAGAGCGUAGCCGAUGCUCGGAAGCGGCUACGCUCUUUUUUCUUUUUUAUAACCGUUCGAAAGUUCACGUGUUCAUUUCUCAAUUUCUCCUCCACAAUUUUCUGUUCUAGAAAUGAACGUGGGGACGGAAAAACGGAGAAAUAAACAAACAAACAAACAAACAGAGGGACAAACCCGUGAAGAGUUAUAUUAAUAAGAAUGAUGAUUACUUUCAGGCUUUCGAUGGAAAAGGAGGCAUUGUAGCUCAUUCAAUGUAUCCUCCUUAUGGUGUCAUCCAUCUUGACGGUGAUGAGGAUUGGCAUAACCACAAUGGGCCAGAAGAUUCUAUUGACAUUCGAUUAGUAUGAAAACAAUUAAACUGCUCUGGGAACUCGAUCGCAAUCUAAUUAGAAAACUUUGCAUUCUAUUAUAGGGGCACCGAACAGAAAGGGCGCUCUAUUGAGAAACUUUUUUGCAGUGCAAAUUGAGUGAGCUCGGGGCCGAGUUUGAAAAGUUAGGCCACGUUUUCAGUGGAAAAUUACUUCGCGGACUAGAAAUUCGGCCAGAUUGCGAACAGAGCGCCCUUUCUAUUCUGCCCCUAUGUGCCCCUAUAACAAUACCAACUCGUUUGAAAAAGAAUUUGCUUCAAUUCGAUUGCAAAAUCUUCUAAGUAGAUUACAAUCACUGCAAUUUUUCUAAUUAGAUUGCAAUUUUUUCUAAUUAGAUUGCAAUUUGUUCUUAUUAGAUUGCAAUUCAGGAAAAAUAGAUUUUAAUCUAAUACGAUUUUACUGAAACUUCAAUUAAAUCUGAUUAGAUUGCGAAAUAGAGCUUUUUCUUAUUAGAUUCCAAACUCUUCUAAAUAGAUUGCAAUCGAGUUUCCAUAGUGAAAUGAAGCUCAUUUUACAGGUUUUACUUCAUGAAAUAGGACACACUUUAGGACUUCGCCAUUCUCGACAUAAAAGUUCCGUUAUGAAAAACAACUACGAGUAAGCCGUAUAUCAUAACUUCACCGCUACUGCCCCCUUAGAAAAGCCCGCGAAAUUCAACUGGGGCCCCGCCUCUUCCGUGUUCAAUUCUUGCAAGUGCCGCAAUUUUCGCAACGCUGCCGCACAAAUUGUUCUGAACACCGAAUUCUUGAAAAUUAAUGCAGAUUAUUAUUUUUUGUUAUCAAAACUUAUUCUUUCGCUUUGUUGGAUCUUCUUAUUAUGCUACGAGUGAAAUUUACUGCAAUCGCGUUCUCUUCGGAAACUCUUUUUGCGAAGCAAAUUGCAAUGACCUCGCGGCCGAGCUAGAAAAGUUAGGCCACAUUUUCAGACAAAAACAACUAAAAAUUAUUUCGUGGAUUAGGAACAGAGCGCGAAUGCAGAGAAAUGCCGGGAUAAUAAAAAAGCUUUGAAAACCAACAACAGAUGUUCUCGCACUUGUUUUUUAACUGUCGAACAGAAGAGAGAAAUGCGUGCGGCAGCGUUGCGAAAAAAAUUCCCCCUCGGAGCUCCAGAGUAUUGGCCCUUUGGCGGAAACUUUGCGCAGCUUUUGCGCAGCCACAUAUUAUUUUCUUUCAGACAUCUCAAAAGCGACAUAUGGCUGUCAAAAUACGAUAUUCGAGCCGUCCGAAGCCUAUAUGACCGUUUUCGAUAA